CAGUGUACCGUACGGCACACCGGAGCGACAACAACCGUCCGCCGUUGACUGACCGGCCGUUGGCUCGGUGAGCGUCCGUGAGAGGAGGCCGGGGCUGCUGUCUGAGAGAGUCCGGGAGACGGAGCCGGAGGAGCGGACAUCCAGCCGAGGGGAGCCGCCCAGAGAGCCGCUGUGUUCGGGGAGAAUGUUAGCGGAGCGCCGCGCAGAGCACCGAGCAGCCCGCUGAUCCACACCGGGACCCGGGUUCCCGUCCCGGUCCCCGUCCCGGUCCGACCGCACAACACCGACCCUCACCUGCAGCGGCAGCCGCUCACCUGUCGGCCGCUGAUGGAUUUUCUGCAGCCUGCUAGCCGCUGCUAAUGUUAGCACACAGCUACAUGCUAAUAGGCCAGCUCAGCUAGUUAACGGUCUGCCCGGUACCGGCGGAAUGGACCGGUCCACGGUCCCCAGGCUCUUCUCCCGGUGAUCACACCGACGGCCCACAGACCGCUGCUAUCCGCGGAGCUAACUGGCAGCUGCGGAACAUCUGGCCGCAGCCAGCUCUCCGUGUGGCGGAGGAUGGUUCUGGAGGAGCGGCCUGGCCCCGCCUGAUGCCCCGCAGGACCCGCAGGACCCGAACUCUGCCGCUCAGCGUUCAUGUAAACCGGUGAACCUGCUCCGGUCCCGGUCCGCAGACAUGCAGGCGGCCCCGCUGCAGUACGACUUCUACAGCGACGAGAACGGACCCAAGUGGAGAGGUCUGCUGGUGUCCUCACUGGAGAAGGUCCUGAACCAGGUGCAUCCUAACCUGGUGUCCCAGCAGGAGGCGCUGCAGUACAUUGAGGAGCUGAUCCUGCUGCUGCUCAGCAUGCUGUGUCAGGCUCAGCCACGCACCGUACAGGAUGUGGAGGAGCGCGUUCAGAAGAGUUUCCCUCACCCGAUCGAUAAGUGGGCGAUUGCCGACGCUCAGGCUGCCAUCGAGAAGAGAAAGAGGAGGAACCCGCUGGCUCUGCCUGUGGACAAGAUCCACCCGCUGCUCAAGGAGGUGCUAGGCUAUAAGAUCGACCACCAGGUGUCGGUCUACAUGGUGGCUGUGCUGGAGUACAUCUCUGCAGACAUCCUGAAGCUCGCAGGAAACUACGUCAGGAACAUCCGCCACUACGAGAUCUCCCAGCAGGACAUCACCGUGGCCAUGUGUGCCGACAAGGUGCUGAUGGACAUGUUCCACCAGGAUGAGGAUGACAUCAGCGGCUUCCCUCUGAUGGACGAGGAGCCGUCAGCAAAUGAGGAGCAGAGUUACUACGAGCUGGUGCGGAGCUUCAUGUCUGACGGCCGGACGUACCUGAGGACGCUCAACCUGCUCAUCAAGGUGUUCAGAGAACCCUUCAGCUCCAGCGCCAUGCUCUACUCCCAGCAUGAUGUGGACAGUAUCUUCAGUCGGAUCGUUGAUAUCCACGAGGUGACGGUGAAGCUGCUGGGUCUGAUUGAGGACACGGUGGAGAUGACUGAUGAAGGAAGUCCUCAUCCCCUGGUGGGGAGCUGCUUCGAAGACCUGGCUGAGGAGUUGGCCUUUGACCCCUAUGAGACAUAUGCUCAGGACACCCUUCGCUCUGGUUUCCAUGAACACUUUCUGAGUCAAGUUUCCAAACCAGGAGCUGCCUUUCACCUUCAGUCGAUCUGUGAAGGUUUCAAAGAGGCUGUUCAGUACGUCCUGCCAAGACUGCUGCUCACACCUGUGUACCACUGUCUGCACCUGUUCGAGAUCCUCAAGCAACUGGAGGAGAAAAGUGAGGACGAGGAGGACAAAGAAUGUUUGAAACAGGCAAUCACUGCUCUGCUCAACCUGCAGAGCAGCAUGGAGAGGAUCUGCUCCCGCAGCCUUGCCAAGAGGAGGCUCAGCGAGUCGGCGUGCCGUUUCUACAGCCAUCAGAUGAAGGGGAAGCACCUCGCCAUCAAGAAGAUGAACGAGAUCCAAAAGAACAUCGACGGCUGGGAGGGGAAGGACAUUGGCCAGUGCUGCAACGAGUUCAUCAUGGAGGGCACGCUGACCCGUGUAGGCGCCAAACACGAGCGCCACAUCUUCCUGUUUGACGGCCUGAUGAUCUGCUGUAAGUCCAACCAUGGGCCGCCGCGGCUGCCUGGCGCCGGCUCCACCGCGGAGUACCGUCUCAAAGAGAAGUUCUUCAUGCGCAAAGUCCAGAUUAACGACAAGGACGACAAGGAGGGCGAGUACCGACAUGCCUUCGAGAUCAUCCUAAAGGACGGGAACAGCGUGGUUUUCGCCGCCAAGUCUGCCGAGGAGAAGAAUGGCUGGAUGGCGGCGCUGAUCUCGCUGCAAUACCGCAGCACACUGGAGCGGAUGCUGGACUCCGCCAUGCUGCAGGAGGAGAAGGAGGAGCAGAUGAGGCUGCCAGGCGCCGAGGUGUACCGCUUCUCCGAGUCCGACUCCGAACAGAACGUCGUGUUCGAGGAAAAUGUUCAGUCCAAGUCUGGCAUCCCCGUCGUCAAAGCGGGGACGGUCCUGAAGCUGAUUGAGAGACUUACCUUCCACAUGUACGCAGAUCCAAACUUUGUGCGGACGUUCCUCACCACCUACAGAUCAUUCUGUAAACCUCAGGAGCUGCUGGACCUGUUGAUGGAAAGGUUUGAGAUCCCGGAGCCGAGGCCCAGCGAGGUGGAUCAGAUGGAGGGAGGAGAGCAGCCCCUCAGCGCUGAACUGAAGCGAUUCCGCAAAGAAUUUGUUCAACCGGUCCAACUAAGAGUGUUGAAUGUGUGUCGUCACUGGGUAGAGCAUCACUUCUACGACUUCGAGAGAGACGCUCACCUGCUGCGACGCCUGGAGGACUUCAUCGCCUCUGUCAGAGGUAAGGCGAUGAGGAAGUGGGUGGAGUCGAUCACAAAGAUCAUCCAGAGGAAGAAGCAGGUUCAGGUGAGCGUGCCGAGUCACAGCAUCACCUUCCAGAGCUCUCCUCCUCCAAUCGAGUGGCACAUCUGUAAACCAGGAAACACUGAGCAGUUCGACCUCAUGACGCUGCACCCCAUCGAGAUCGGCCGGCAGCUCACCCUGCUCGAGUCCGACUUCUACAGGGCCGUGCAGCCAUCAGAGCUGGUUGGAAGCGUCUGGACCAAAGAGGACAAAGAGAUUCACUCCCCCAACCUGCUGAGGAUGAUACGACACACCACCAACCUCACGCUGUGGCUCGAGAAGUGCAUCGUAGAAACGGAGAACCUGGAGGAGCGUGUUGCUGUGGUGUCUCGGAUCAUCGAGAUCCUGCAGGUUUUUCAGGAACUCAACAACUUUAACGGAGUUCUGGAGGUUGUUAGUGCCAUGAACUCCUCUCCGGUCUACAGACUGGACCACACCUUCGAGCAAAUUCCGAGUCGACAGAGAAAAAUCCUGGAGGAAGCUCACGAGCUGAGCGAGGAUCACUACAAGAAGUAUUUAGCCAAACUUCGCUCCAUCAACCCCCCCUGUGUGCCCUUCUUUGGGAUCUACCUGACCAACAUCCUGAAGACCGAGGAGGGAAACCCAGACUUCCUGCGGCGACACGGCAAAGAUCUGAUCAACUUCAGCAAGAGGAGGAAAGUGGCGGAGAUCACGGGGGAGAUCCAGCAGUACCAGAACCAGCCGUACUGUCUGCGGGGGGAGAACGACAUCAGGAAGUUCUUCGAGAACCUGAACCCAAUGGAGGAUCUGUCGGAGAAAGACUUUGCAGAUCACCUGUUCAACAAAUCUCUGGAGAUUGAACCUCGGAACGCCCGCUCGUUACCUCGAUUUGUGAAGAAGUACACCUGUCCUCUGAAGUCUCCAGGGAUCCGUCCGACCUCGGCGAGGCCCGGCACCAUGCGGCACCCCACGCCGCUGCAGAACGAGCCCCGGAAGAUCAGCUACAGCCGUAUCCCCGACAGCGAGGCUGAGGGUGGGGCUGUCUCCGCCCCCAACUCCCCCCGCACGCCCCUGACUCCGCCUCCUGCCUCAGCUGCCUCCAGCUCCACAGACGUAGGCAGCGUGUUCGACUCGCCACAGGGUCCCAGCAGCCCCUUUCACUCCACCUGCGACAGUAUCUUCUCUGUUCCUCAUGGUCCACGGUCCUCCUCCGUCUCAUCCAUGGUGAGUUUCAGUCGUGGUUGUGAGGACGCACCGGUUCCUCCUCCUGUUCCUCCUCGCAGACGUCCAGAGUCUGCGCCCGCCGAGUCCUCGCCAUCCAAGAUGAUGUCGAAGCUGGACAGCCCCCCCGCCGUCCCCCCUCGCCAGCCCACCUGUAAGCUCCUCCCCCCUCGUUACUCCACGUCGCUAUCGUCGUCCCCCCCCGACAGCCCCCCCUCCCUGCCUCCUCGGGAACCUGUGAGCUCUCCUCUGCACCUCCUCCCCCCCCCUCAAGGUCGCCCCCCCCGCUGUGACCUGCAGGCCUUCUUUCCCCCGACCACCUCCUCCUCGCCCCCCAUCAGCUCCGCCCCCACGGCCUCCUCGCCCCCCCUGCCUCCUCCCACCCCCGCCACCCCCAGCCCCAGCCCUGCCUCCAGGAAGAUGCCCCUACCCUCCCCGCCACUCCCCCUCCUCCCCCUGGACGGCCCCCCUGUGCCCCCCCGACACAGCGUCCCCAAACUGCCUCCCAAGACCUACAAGAGAGAGUCUCUGAGCCACGCCCCCCUGCUGGACACGCCACCUGCACUGUGAUUAGACAGCCUGGACUUCCUGAAGGGGUGGGGCUCAACAAGAACAACACUACAGCUGAUUGGAUCAGGACAAACGAAACAAAACUAUCUGACCAAUCAGGACGUUGUGAUCCGGUCUGGACUGAGAAGAAUAAAAAUAAAGAUCAUGUGCUCUUAUUUUGAAAACCAACUGAUUGUUUCCUCCAGCUGCAGAACUUUGGACUCUGGAGAACAUUUGUCUGUCUGUGUUUGUUUUUUCAUUCGUCUGUCUGACUCUCUGUUGAACCAUCAGAGGGGUUUAUGGGUAACGUAGUGCUCCACAGACUGAAGUGGACUCUUCAGGUACCGGUCCAGGACCAGAGAGGUACUGUGUUGGUUCUGGUUCUGGUGGACCUGAUGUUUCUGUUUGAUUGUUCAUGAAGAUAAAUUCUUUCAAACAAGGGAAUAAACGUGUUUCUACACUAAGCUGGACGGACAACAGAAACAAGCUUCAUGUGUUUAUUAACUGACCUGAGGGAACAACAAUAACACUUGACCUGUUUACUCUGAAACAACCUGCUGAUUCAUCAUCAGUAUUUAGGGUUCGGUAAUUUCUCUGUGGCUUCUGAGCACACUUCCUGUUUUAUUUCACAAUAAAACAUUGAUAUACAUAUUCAUUUGUAAAACAUUAUGUUUUACUGUUUAAAUAUUGGAAUCAUUUAUCAUUACUGAUUUAGUAUUCAACACUUUUAAACUGUCACAAAACAGACUUUAUUUUGUAAGUUUCUUAUU